GCGGCGGCCAUCUUGUUUGUGUGUAGUAGCAAAACAGAAGCGGACGUUUAUUUGCCAUUUCACAGUGAGUCGUGUGUGGUGGCGCUGAUUGCGUGUAUAUCAUCCGUGCCUAUGUGUGUGUGGGUGCAUGUUUCGUGUUUCAAGUGUGGUGUUUUAGUUUUGUUUUCUGUUCGAGAGGUUUUUAGUUCCGGGGGCGAUUUUCCGGCUAGCUUUUCCCGGCUAUAGGUGGUGUCUGAUUCUUGGUGGCUGAAAAAGAUUAGCAAAGCGAACAACAGCACCAUCCAGCAGAGACACACAUACACAGGUGCACACGUGCAACACAUUCACUCACACGGUCGUUACGGCCGGGAGCUCGGUAGCGGGAUACUUCCCGUGAGGCUACAGUGCCGUUUCGUCGACUAGACGGAACUGAAAAUACAAAGGAAAACAGCGGAAAACCCGGUGCUUGCGAGGUAAACGAGACAACCAACCAGGCGGCAACAACCCACCAGGCAGCAACAAUUUCCGGAGGAAGAGCGUCCAACAGCCAAUGGUUUAAAUGGACGCUACAUCCAUCAUUACGCAGGUGUCGCGGGAUGACGAACAGCAACUGAACAGCAGCUAUCCGAACGAAAAAGUCAACAAUGUAGAUAGGCUAAAACCGCCGAGUCGUGGUUUCCUGGAGACGCUUUUCUGCUGUUGGCGGAAUGGGCGAACGAAAAGCAAUCAGAGCGGGACGCCGAUCGAUGGUUCCAUCACGCCACCUCCGAUCCAGGGCCAGCCGCGAUAUCUGCUGCCACAGGUCCGACCUUCCGAUAUGUACAAGAAGUGCAUGGUGAUAGACUUAGACGAAACCCUAGUUCAUAGCAGUUUUAAGCCAAUUCCAAACGCGGAUUUCAUAGUGCCAGUGGAAAUCGACGGAACCGUACAUCAGGUGUAUGUCCUGAAGCGACCGCACGUCGACGAGUUCCUGAAGAAGAUGGGCGAACUGUACGAGUGCGUCCUGUUUACGGCCUCGCUGGCCAAGUAUGCGGAUCCAGUAGCCGAUCUACUUGAUCAGUGGAACGUGUUUCGGGCGCGGUUAUUUAGGGAAUCUUGCGUCUUCCACAUGGGCAACUAUGUGAAGGAUCUGAACAAACUAGGGAGAGAUUUACAGAAGAUUGUUAUUGUUGACAACUCACCUGCUAGUUACAUAUUUCAUCCGGAUAAUGCUGUGCCAGUAAAGUCAUGGUUCGACGAUAUCAACGACUCGGAACUGCUCGAUCUGAUACCACUGUUCGAGAAGUUGAGCAAGGUUGACUCUGUAUAUAGCGUGCUGUGCAACUCCAGCUCACAGUCCCAGUUGCCGACGUCCAUGUCGCACCACAAUCAGCAAGAGCUGCAACAGUCCCAGCAGCAGCAAUUACAGUCGAAUUCGUCCGAUGCGAACAACACGUAACAUUGGCAACAAAUGUUUAUCAACAUCGUAUGAUUCGUGCACACGAUGCUGCCGGGCAGUACAGUGAGCAGGACAAAGGAUUAGGAUCGGAACAAAAUGGGUCGCGAUUUGACUAUAUCGGACACCCACCUAGAGAGAGCGAAAGAGAAAUAGAGAGAGAGAGAGAGAGAGACAGAGAGAGAGAGAAGCGGAGUGCACCGGGAAAGCGUCCUUUCUCUGCAGGUUUUUUUUUGUUUUUUUGUUUUAUAAGGAGUUGGACACCCUUGUGCGGAUAAAGGAUUUUUUACCCAGUAAACAAAAAUCUUCUGGACCCUUUUGCACCCUCCCACGGGAUCACCUUGCGGUAUUAAUUUAUAAAGGGGGCCGUGUAUUGGUAACACACACACACUCACGAUACAGAUCGUUCACGUAGGCACUAGUCACAGGUUCAGACACACGACGAACACAAACAUGUACAACACUUACACAAACUUUCAUUAUUGCUCAUCCUGAGCUUAGCUGCUCGCCACCAGCGUUGAAGCUUCUCAAGCAUAAUGCGCAUUGUUAAUGCAAUAGCUGAGCACUUUUCCGCACUCGGAAGCAUCAUCGUCAAGAGGUUAGCAUAGUUAAUCGCUGCUCCUUUUUUCACUUCAAGCUCGUCCCAUUUCACCGUAAUCCUUGGGCAAUAGAACAAGAUGUGGGCGGGAGACUCUUCCGCAACUUCGCAGCAUGAACACAGCGAGGAUGAGACAUGAUUAAACCUGUGCAAUUAAUUUGGAAGCAAUCAUAUGAUCGGAGAGAAAAUGGGGGAUAAAAAAGAUUACUUCCCCAUGUUUCCUCUCCACCCAUGCUACAACAUCCGGGAUCAAGGCAUAGGUCCAUCUACUCUUUGUUGUAUCAUCCCAAUUUGUCUGCCAUGUCCUAAGUGAGGUGGUCCUCGAAUUCCGUUUUGAGCUGGGAACGGCUGCCUCCUCACCACAGCAGGCAGCACGCCUGCCAGUACACAAGCCGCCUCAUAUGAAAAUGUGCCGUAUGCGCUUAUCACUCGCAUAACACUCAGCCUAGAUGGAGUCCUAGAUAUUGCUCUCUUGUUAGACUGUACCUCUAACGUAUGGACCCAAACGAGUGCACUGUAUAGCAGGAGUGAUGAAGCAACGUUGGCUUGAAGGCGUCUCGUGCUGCUGCUCGAGCCGCCCUCGUUUGACAGGAAAGCAGCCAGGGUUUUCUUGUACGCAUAUUUGAUGUGCUCCUUUAACUGAAGUCUAUCGUCCAAAAUGACACCAAGGUAUUUAGGGUGUCGCGCCGAUUCGAUUCACUAUGAACCUACUUGUAUCCUCGCUCUUUGGACUGCCUUAUGGCUACUUAUGACGAUGAACUCAAUCUUCAUGGGAGCUGUUUGCAGUUUUACGCGGCUCAUUCAAGCUUCGAUUCUGGCUAUUACGUCCGAGGCUACCACCUCGAUCUCCGCUAUCUAUUCUGCCUCCACCAUGAGCGUUAUCAUCAGCGAAGCCAAUAAGCUCCGCUCCUGGAGGCGAAGGAAGAGGGAGCACACCUUUGUACAUGGCGUUCCAGAAAACAGGAAAAAGAAUCGAGCCCUGAGGUACGUUCGCUGAGAUACUCAAAAAACGCAGUACAUCUGUAGUCUCAUAAAGCAACUCUCUCUCGUUACGCUAGCUAGGAAGCAGCCUGCAGAGGUACGUUGGAGCCCACAUCCGUUCCAGUGCUAUUGUGAUUGCUUUGUUGACGUUUCAAUAGUAUUUCUCACGUCUAUCGUUAGAACGGCAAGGUAUCAAUUUCCGCAUCUUUUGCUGGUGUAAACUAUCUGCCCCUUUCUAUGCACCGUGAGAACAGCAUCUACGCUGACCUCUUCCUCCGAAAGCCGAACUGUCUCUCUGACAAGCCAUACAUUCUGGCCUUCAGUGCCUCGCAAAGACGUCGUACGAUUUACUAGCGAAGCAUACUGGGAGCAGUUAAUCAAUUAUUCAGAUACUGUUAUUCUUAUAACAUAUAUCUAAACAAUAUUAUAUGGUUUAGUACACAGUACAAGUACACACAUGCCAGAAGGCACGGUUUACACUCAACCCCUCAUCACACAUCCACAAACCGAUACAAGCAUACACCGAUUUGUUGGCAAUCGCAAUAGCGAACGCUAGAUAAUGUUAUUUUAAAAUCUUGUGUUUACAAUUAAUCAUUUCCGCAUGCAGUGGGUCCAGGAAGAGUGCGACAUUAGGGAAUAUCUGUGCAUAAUGUGCAUAACUCCUUUUCUCUCCUCCUCCUCUGUGCAGAAGUAGCAUGUAACUGUUCGCUUGUUUCCUUUAACUACUUUCGAGGGCUCCUAGAGCCUUGUCGGCAAGAAUAAGGUUGCAAUAGGCUUUUUUGUUUGUUUUAAUAUUAUUUUAUUCUUACAGAGUAAUCGUAAUACACGCUAAUUGUAUGUGUAUGUUAUCGAAACGAUGCAGAUAGUAUAAUCAAUUGCAGUUUUGAAAAUUAAUGCCACAGCAAAAUAUUACGUAUUGCAUACACACGAACCUCACACACACACAUACACCCACACUCAUGUACGGGACCGAACACCAUCCAUAGAACAGAGAGAUAGAGAGCAAUUUUUAUAGUUCAAUUUAGCUUUUUAACUGACGAUCAAAUGGACGCAUAAAAUUUAGGCUCGACGAAGAAUGCAUACACACUUACCAUGCAAACACACACCACGUAAGAGGAAUUUUGUAGCAAAGAAUAAAUUAGGUAAAGCAAAGAAAGGAAGAAAAACGCCAGAACCGUUUUCCCACGCAGGUCACACUGAAAAGGGAAUGCGUGCAAGGAAUUAUAAUAGUCAUAAUCAUACUGUGCGACGCGCGUGCUCCAAAAAGGAUGAAAAAGAGUAGUAGAGUAUGUGUACAAUUUUGUAUAUCACAAUUAUAAACAAGCAAACUAUCUUAACAAGGUAGUUGUGACCACAAAAGCGAACACACACAGCGAUAGGGAGCGAAAGUUUCUAGUUUGGUGGUGUUCGAGGCGUAUUUAUUAGUGUGUAGACCCCUUAUAAGGCGAUCAUUGUCCAGAAGCAGGGAACUUUCUUAAGAAUCCGGAAAGGAUCAUGCUGCCGGUCGUGAAAACCAGAAAUUUAAGCUAUUGUACAGUUUUAUACAUGAAACUACGUCAGGACACUCAUGUGGAGAACUCUCAUUACCUUCGACAGCAUAGGCUAUGCAUGGAAUAGCAUAGGCUAUUAGGAAUAGGUGAGGUGAACCUUACGGGUUCAUGAGAAGACGAUUUGUAUCCGCACUGAGGAAUCUGUCAUAUCGUACGAGCGGUAGUGCUGGAGCAACUUGAAUUUGGCCCACGACGAUGUAUUGAUUGUGGUGUACGUGUUCUUCUGAUAUGACGCAUCAGGCCAAGUCGCCUACACUCGCCUUACACAUGUAGCCGAUUUUGUUCUUUCUAUGAUGGGCUAUGGCUUUAAGUAGCAUGGUACCAGCGUUGUGAGUAAUUAUGUUUUCUGCUAUAUUUGUUCAGAGAGGAAGUACUUGCAACUUAAGCUCAGUUUUGAGUGAUUUAUUAAGACAUAUCAAUUUUGUCAUUGGAAAGGUUUAUUGAGAAGGUUAUUACAUUUUCAGCUGUAUCAACAACAGAAGAAUGGAGAGGUUACGCUUUACUUGUUUUCUAGUUUUAUGGGCUUUGUAUUUCCCAAACGCCUAAACCAAGCGUGUUCCAACACAGUGGUUAUUGCAUACUAAAAGCGUGUGUGUGGCAAGAUCAGUCAUGUUCGCACGUGCUUUUCCUUGCUCAGGAUGUUAUUUUACCCAAAGCAGGUAAGAAUCAAGCAAAAAUAAUUUCCUUUUUUCUAGUGUUUUCAUCAAAUUCACAAACAAAAUCAUAGAUAUAUUUUCUCAACUAAUUCGUCCACCUUAGUUAUUGCACACGGAAGACGCAAAAAAACUGGAAGACUGAAAUGUAAGGAACGAAACAAAAGAAAACGGAUGAAAGUAUUUUUGGCAUUCAAAGCGUAUGUGUGUACAGGAAACAGAUGAAGAAAACCAGGACAGGAAAAAAUGAAAAUGACGGUAAUACAAUUGUACACCUACCUCUGAAUUCUUAUUACUACUCAAAACUACUAUUACACUACAGCAUCCCAUUUUAAGAUGGAGCUUCCUGUUGUAUACUAGCAAAUCUGUAUAAUGGAUAGUGUGUUGUAGGGUUGAAAACAUCCAGGGAUCGUUUCAAUCUUGUAUUCUUGAUCACCUCCUCCUUCCCUCCCUUCCAACCUCUUCUCACACGAAGGAAAGAUCCAUUGCCUUCACAUUAUUAGUACAUGGGCAUAUUCCGCUACAAGCUUCGAAAACUAAGCCGCCUGCUGCAUUUGUACCAUGUAUAUAUACAUAUAAAGUGUGAUUAGCCUUUUUAUCUCCUUCCAGCGAAAUGGUGGACACGCGCUUAAUUUACGCUGUUUUUUCUUGCUGGAGAGCUUUUUAUUCCCUUUCGUUAGAGGCAUUUUGUAUGAGAGUAGAGCAGUAGAAAUAGGACAACAAAAGGAAAAUGUUUUCUCUUUAAUUUGUGUUUGUUUAAAAUCAGCUUAGCAAAAACAAAACAUACAACCUAUUAACUUCUGAUGGUAAAUCGUCUUCUUAUGAAAGACCACUGUCAAAGACAUAUUUUUCUAUACAACCGUGUACACUUAUUCACGAUGCGGUACGGAAAAUUGGGAGCAAAUUAAAUGCAAUUUAGUAAAGUUUGUGGGAGUUUUGAUACGGAAACCAUACAUACAUACACAAGUACACACACACAUACACAUUCAUUAAUUAAAUGCUAAGUUUGGCCAUAUAAAAGCGAUUCGAAUAUAAAUUUACGACUAUGCACAACAGAUCAUCUCCCAUAUUCCAUAACAGUGUUAGAUAAUUUUCAAACCGCACUGUAAGGACAGUGAUAAGACAGUGUACCGAUAGGUUAAUGGAAAUUACGUACGAAAAAAGUGGUCAGUCAGUAAUAUAUUUUUAAUCUUCACGAAAGCGACACAUGUUGGCAUGUGACUAGUCCCCACAAAACUCUCUCGCAGGCUAUUAAGCUUACAGGAGUUGAUAAAUGGUUAGGGUCAUGGGAUCUGUUUGUUGUGCACAGAUGUAAGAUCCACUGGGUUUGAUUGAAAAAAGAACAGACCUGUAUAUGUGCGUGUGUGUAUGCCUUCAGUAAGGCUAGGGAAAAAAAAAUCGUGUGUAAAGAAACUGCUACAUUAUUACUAUUGUGUGUGUUUGUAUGAGGAUGUGCAAAGUAAAAGUAAUAACAAAACAACAAAACAAACAACACACGAUUGUGUCGGAAAAACAGCAACAAAAAUGUUUCAUAAAGUUGUCGAAACAAAGUAAAAACAAAAGAAAUAUUGAAUUAUACACCACACCAACACCCGGUAAUAUAACAGAAAAGAAAGCAACAAAAAAAAAACAACACCAAAAAUCACAAUACAAUGAUGUGCAAAAGUCAUGUGUGUUUUGUGUCUCUGCUUUCUUGUGUUUCGAUUAAUGUCCUUUUGUUCAAAAUUUUGUUUUUCUUUUUCUACCUUGUUGUAGUUUGUUUAUUUUAUUUUGUUUUAAAAUUUACAUGUAAUUGUGUGAGUGCGGCCUUUUAUUUCAAAUAUCAACUUUGAAAACUAAAAAUGUACGAAGCAGGAUAUAAAAGGACGAAUAUUUAAAUUAAAGAAAAGAUUAAGCACAGUCGGUAGGCAGACAAGAAGAAUUUUUUAAACAGGUAUUAUUAAGGAACUUCGCUAAGCAAAGUAGAGCGUUAAGUGAAAGAUUUAGCAUAGUGUGUGAAGCGUACAUAGCAAUGGCAAUCAUUUAACCAUCUUUUCUUUUUAUUGUUAUCUAAUGAUUACGAGUGAACUUUCGAUGCGUCGUAUAAUAUUAUUUAACAGUUUUGUUUUUUAUACAUAUAUUCAGUAAGCGUACAGUCGAUUAUGAAUAUAUUAGGUUUUAUUCGUAAACCUAAAUUUAUUUAGACGUUAAGUGGAACAUAGCCGACGGAAACAUAUUUUCCUCUCUCCCACACACACAUACACCAACACCGCCUACUAUGAUACUGCAAUAUAGGACAAUAGCAGAAUGAUGAAUCUAGCGUCGAAAACACAUUAACAUAUGAAAACUCUUACAGGAACAUACAUUCGCUUCUUUACAAUCUUUUUUUGUGGUAAAUGUCAAGUGCGUGAACCUUUUAUUUAUUUGUUCAACUUUAUUUUCUUUUUAAAGUACCAGUAUAUUAAUUGGAAAAUUAUUCUUUUAUAACUCUUUUUACCGUUUUUUUAUGUUACACAUUUAGCAUAAAUUUACAAAAUGUUUUUACGCAUUUCUAAGCACAAAAAUAUACUGCAGAAAUGAACAAGAAAGGUGUUAAAAAUUGCAACAUUACACCAACCUAAACACACACCUACCCAUAUAUGAACGAGAUGAAAAGGGUAAAAAUAGGAAGUAUAUAAACUAAUACUUCCACGAUCCUGUUUUGGGAAAACAAACUCAAUGGAGGCAAGAAAUGAAAAUUAAAACAGUUUCAAGAAAGGGAAUUUAUUACAAUGCAUUAUUAGUUAACUUAUAGCAUGAUGCCCCGGAGGUAUGAUUAGAAGAAGGAUAUACAUUUAAACGCAGAUCAAACAAAAUCAGGCCCAACAAACAUGGGUAGGAGGCAUGUAAAUUGUUUUGUUCCUUAACAAACAAGAGCAGAAAACCAGCAAGAAAAUAGCGAAUAAUCUUACAGUAAUUUGUUUCUAAUGUGCGAUCGAGAGGUUGCGAGAGUUAGGCAACAUAAAAGCACUCCAGCGUGCUGGUCCUAGAAAUAAACACACAAAACAGAGGAGAGGACACGUACAUGGUAUCAGUAAAACAAAAAAAAGAAGGAAAGGAUUUAAUAAUAAUAUAUUGUCACAUUU